AGUGAGAGCUGGAGCAGAGGAGGACAAGCAGCAUGGCAGAGCUCUGUGUCCGCUCCGUUCUGGUGACUGGGGCCAACCGGGGCCUCGGCCUGGGGUUUGUCCAGCAUUUCCUGAGGAUGCCAAAACCACCACAGUGGAUUUUUGCCACCUGUCGGGACCCCAAGGGACAGAGAGCGCAGGAGUUACAGAAUUUGGCCUCCAAGCACCCCAACAUCAUCGUCAUCCCGCUCGAAGUUGCUGACCCUGCCAGCAUCAAGGCGGCUGCAGCCAAGGUUGGGGAGCACCUGGGGGAUUCUGGGCUGAACCUCCUCAUCAACAAUGCUGGAAUGGUCAAGCCAAACUUCCUUGCUAAUGAGACGCUGGAGAGUAUGACCCAGGUUUACACCACUAACACAAUUGGGCCACUGCUGAUGGGCCAGGCAUUCCUGCCCUUGCUGGAGAAAGCUGCCCAGGAGAGCCCAGGCUCAGGGCUGAGCUGCAGCAAGGCUGCCAUCAUCAACAUGUCCAGCUAUGCAGGCUCCAUUGAGGAUAUGUAUGUAUGGGAUUUUGGACAAGUUGUCUCGUACCGCUGCAGCAAGGCUGCUCUGAACAUGCUGAGCAAGUGCCAGUCCCUGGCGUACAAGGAGCACGGCAUCCUCUGUGUCGCUCUCCACCCCGGCUGGGUGCAAACAGACAUGGGGAAUGCAGGAUCAUUUAAGCCUCCCCUGACAGUGGAUGACAGCGUGCAAGGGAUGCUGAAGGUGCUGUCCUCCAUCUCUGAGAAGGAAACUGGGACCUUCCUGGACUGGGAAGGGAAGGUCAUACCCUGGUGAAAUGCUGAUUCAGGAUUCUGACUAUGAGGACCACUGCUGCUGCACCAUGCUGUGCCUGUCCCUUAGUAAAUGAUUGUCCACAAACAAUAAAUAGCACUGUGUGAGCCUCCUU